GUAGAAGGUUGCAAAGUGGUAGGAUGUUUUUUUUAAACUGCAAGUCACUUUGCACGUUAGAUGAACUUUAAAUGGAAACUAACUUUGCGAUCACGGCGAAAUCGAAUUCCACCUUACCGUGUAAUUUCGUGUAUUUCCGGAGAUUCUCGGUCUAGAAACUUUUAUCGCAUUUCUGUAAGCACUCAAAUAAUUUUCCGUAAAUGUCGCCGAUAUAGUGUCGCAAGUUGAACACUGCGAAUUAACAUCUUACGAGCGAGGACACCUGUAAAACAUGGAAGACAUUUUAGCCGAGGCAAGGAAGCAACACGCUUCUCACGCAGGGGAAGACGGUGAAGUGGAUCUAGAGACGUUUCGAACGUGUGUAGCAUUUUGUGAGCCCAUGUACGCUGAUCGCCUUUUUAAAAUCUUAGACAAGGAUGGAUCCGCCGGAUUAAGUCUUCAGGAAUGGGAAGAAGGAGUGCGAAGGGUUUAUUCAGAAAAAGAAAUCGAACGACUUCAAAUACUUUUUGACGUGUUUGUUACAGAAGGCGAAGGCGCCAUAGAUACCAGUGCAGUUAAAGCAAUCCUGAUCGAGGCUCUAGGCGGGGAGGACCACACCUUCAGCGAGGAGUACGUAGACAGCUUGGUCCAGUUACUUAUUGAGGAGGCCGCCAAGGACCUUGAGGAUGAGGAGGACUGCAGACUGGAUUUUGAGGAGUUUGAGGAGCUGAUGAACAAGUUCCCUGCCUUGUCGACGCAUCUGGUCAAAAGUACAACGGGAUGGUUUCGUAACAUCAUAAAAGCCGGGUCAAAGACAACACUACCACGCCCAAAGGAGUCAUCAAGGACAAGGUCAUGCUGCCCAAACUGCCAGACGACAGAACUGCUGAACCGAUCUCCAAGCGGUGUCGCCAUCUUUCUUUAUUUUUCUGUGUCAGCUGGCCUGAUAGCAGAGAGAGUGCUGCGGUUCUUAGCCAACAAUUCCGAAAUCACAGGGUUCGAUAUUUUGGCGCGCGUUUGUGGCCAACUACUCAACUUAAACUGCAUGCUGGUCGUGGUCCUCAUGCUGCGAGUGACCUUGACCUUGAUAAGGUCAUCCAAGGUCGCAUUCUGGCUGCCUAUAGAUCAACAUAUAGACUUUCACAAGGCAGUGGGGGUUGUCAUAUUGAUUCUUAGCAUACUGCACACUGGUGGGCAUAUCGGGAAUUUUAUCAUGGUAGCACCGAGCAUGAACAUCACCGUUGCUGAGGCGUUGUUUACAACUAAAUCUCAGGUGGGCUGGGUGGCCGGCACGGCGUGUCCCACGGGAUGGGCGUUGUUGGUGCUCAUCAUCAUUAUGUUCAUCGGGGCGCAGUCAUUCGUGAGGAGAAGAGGCCAUUUUGAGCUGUUUUACUUCAGUCAUAUUCUCUACGCUCCCACUCUUAUCCUGCUGGUCAUCCACGGCCCCAGCUUCUGGAAGUGGUUCGUGGCCCCGGGCGCCAUCUUUGUCGUGGAAAAGUUAUACCGCUUCAAGUGGAUCAGGCGUCUGGCCUACGGAAGGACGUUCGUACAGGAGGGGAUACUGUUACCGUCGAAAGUGACACAUUUAGUGCUUGACCGGCCCGAGAGUUUUUCCUUCAAUCCGGGAGACUACGUCUUCAUCAAUAUCCCUAAGAUCGCAAAAUUUGAGUGGCACCCAUUCACCAUUAGUAGUGCCCCAGAGUACAGAGGUCAUAUAUGGCUGCACAUCAGGGCCGUUGGCACGUGGACGACGAAAGUUAACGAGUAUUUUGACGAGAAGCGGAAGCGCUGGGAGGCCACCAUGCCCACGCUAAAGAGCCGGCGCCUCGCAGUGAGCAAUUUCCAGUUUUCUCCCGCAGAAUUGAUGAUCCAAGAGCGACGGAUGAGUCACCAGAUUGACGCCUUUCGGAGCAGUAUUCGCAGUAAGGUCAGCGCAAGCGGAAGUAGUUUGCGGAGCAUGCGCAGCAGGGCAAACACUGGGGGAAGUAGCAUGCGUAGCAUCUCCAGGCGUCUUCACGGUCAUGAUGUUGGGGCUGAGGAAAAUGCCCUUAGUAACCAUUUGCUGGAAAGAGAAAGACGGAUGAACCACUUCAACCGUGUCUCCAAUGGCGGGCUAAAUUCAACUUCCGGACAUGCGCACGAAGGGCACAUCAACAUUGCGUUCGAAAUCGAGAACGACGGCGCAGGUAAUGAAAAAGAAUCGGUUCCGAUGGCUGAACAGAAUCUUCAACAAGGUUCUAAUCUCCUCAGCGUGUCUAGAAUCGACGACAUUUUAGAGGAGGAUGAAGACAGUAAAUCGCUGGUAAUGGGCCAAAGUGACUCACAGGAUAUUUCCACAGUCGAGCCUUAUCUAAAUUCUAAAGAGCGAAAGCCAAGCGAUAAUCUCAAUAUUUUGAAUACCCAGAAAAAACAGCACACAGCCGAUUUAGAUCUCUGUAAUGUAUCCCUAGAAGACAAACUCGAUAUAGAAAAUAACAAAAUUGGCGACAAUACGGGAGAAACCACAAAUGUUACGGCAGCUAACAAUGGUGGGGAAGAUAGCGAAUGCAAAAAUUCAGAAAACUCUCACAUGGACCAUGGUAAUGAAGAUGUUGCAACAAGUGACGAAAGCUACAAGAGAGAAAACUCAGACUCCGGCAAUGUGUCCGAUGACAAAGAAAGCAGGACAUCUAUGGAAAAAUACAAGCCCUCGGAUGGCUCGACUAAAGAGGACAAAUCCGAAAAGAGUGAAAAUUCGGAUAAAUCAGAAGAUGAAGAAGAUGACAUCUUACCCCCAGAUUUUAAACCCCCGCCCCUACGCAGACUUGGCACGUCGAACUCCAUGACGGGUCACAACCGAAACCGACGCAUGACGCUAUGUCAGCGCCGCCUAUCGACGUGGGAAGCAGUGUCGUCUGGGCAAAACUUCGCCAUGACCAAGCAAAAACCUUUCAUCUAUAAUAUAGACCCCGCUGCUGAUACGACUUUGAAUGAAUUACUGGAGGUGUUUAUUGACGGUCCAUACGGCAGUCCGUCGUCCCACAUAUUCCAGGCAGAGCACGCCGUGUUGGUGGCGGGCGGGAUAGGUGUCACCCCGUUCGCCAGCAUCCUCCAGAGCAUCCUGCUGAGAUAUCAGCGAGAGAAAAACGUGUGUCCUAAGUGUAACCACGCCUGGCUGGAUGAGUUACCUUGUACUUUGUAUAACUUGAAAAAGGUGGACUUUUUCUGGCUGUGCCGGGAUCAGUCGUCCUUUGAGUGGUUCGUCAGUCUUCUGGCUCAGUUAGAAAUGGAACAGGAGGAUCUGGACAACCUGGACGACAGUAUCAUCGAUUUUCACAUUUAUAUGACGGCUGCAAAAACAGAUAUGAGGUCAGUCCUGCAGCAAAUAACCUUUGACCUUAAUCACCAAGUCGAGGCCCGUGACGCAAUAACCGGUCUGAGAACCAAGACACAGCCCGGAAGACCAAACUGGGACGAGGAGUUCCAAAAGCUAAAGAACCUGAAGAAAGGCCGGGUGACCAUCUUUUACUGCGGCCCGCCUGGGCUGGCUGUCGUUCUGGGGAAAAAGGCAGCUGAAUACGGGUUCGGAUUCCGCAAGGAGAGUUUCUGAACACGCGCUCAAGGGUUGUG